AUGACCAAUAUGGAGACAGAAGUCGAACGUGUCGUAACAGAUGCCAUCAAUAAUUCUGGCUUGACUGUUACAGUGCAUCCCUUGGUGAUUAUGAACAUAUCAGACCAUACUACUCGAACUCGAAUUAUGAGUGGAAAUCCUGUUUGGCCUCUAGUCAUUGGAGCAUUAUUGGGGACACAAGUUGGACGUGAAGUUCAGAUAUAUGAUUCAUAUGAAAUACCCUUUGUGACUGUUGAAGGCUUGCAUGCUCUAGACAAGAAUUACUUUGUGCAAAAGCAGGAACAAUACAAGCAAGUAUUUCCGUUAUAUGAUCUUCUUGGAUGGUAUGCGACAGGCUCAAAACCAACUCCAACAGACAUGCACAUUCACAACCAAUUCUUUGAAUACAACGAAUCACCACUAUUCCUACAAUUAAAUCCAGCUGGAGCAGUCGCAACCAAAGAAUUACCAAUCACUGUAUACGAAACAUUCGUUGAAGGUGUCGCUGAAGGAACUCCAAGGAAUGCAUUCAUCAAAUCAAACUACAAGAUUGAAACAGCUGAAGCUGAACGUAUUGCUGUUGAUCAUGUUGCUCGUGCUGCCAAUGAAGGUGGUGCUGAUUCCUCGAGUUUGAUAUCUCAUUUGGUAUCCCAACGAAAUGCCAUCAAAAUGUUACUUGCUCGAGUGAAACUAUUGUAUCAAUACGUGGCAGAUGCUGAAGCUGGACUUGUGCCCAAGAAUCAUGAUAUAUUACGACAGAUUGCUAGUUUGUGCAAUCGAUUGCCUACGUUGGACUCUGCUGACUUCCAAACGGAAUUCCUUGCAGAUUACAAUGACGUUUUGCUGAUUACCUACUUGGCUACCAUCACAAAAGGAUCUCAUGUCAUCACAGAUAUGGUGGACAAGUUCAACUUGGCUGUCGGAGAUCGUUCCAGUCGACGUGCCUUUGGGUCGCGGGGAAUGGCUUAA